AUGGUCCUCUGCCUGGCACCCGCGAUGCUGCUGCUGCUUCUGGCCAAGUGUCCAGAAGCCUUGCUCUGUUUCCACUGUCAGGUGGACACCCCUUUGAACGGGUGUGGCCAUUCUGGGGAAGGAGUGGUACCUGGGCCUCAGCGCCUGGGGGAAGCCAGGCCUUGUGUACUGAUAAGGGCUCAGCGAGAACAGCAGCUGCCCGCUCCUCCACUAGGGUCGCCGAGUUCGGCCGGACGGAACCGAUGCUUGGAUGCGGCCGAGGCGUGCACGGCUGAUGCGCGGUGCCAGCGGCUGCGCACCGAGUACGUGGCGCAGUGCCUGGGUCGGGCCGCGGCUGGGGGCUGCCCCCAGGCCCGCUGCCGCCGCGCCCUGCGCCGCUUCUUCGCCCGCGGGCCACCAGCUCUCACCCACGCGCUGCUCUUCUGCUCGUGCGUCAACGCCGCGUGCGCCGAGCGCAGGCGCCAGACCUUCGUGCCCGCCUGCGCCUUCUCGGGGCCCGGCCCGGCGCCGCCCUCCUGCCUCGCACCCUUAGACGCUUGCGAGCACAGCCGGGUCUGCAGGCCCCGCCUCCUGGCCUUCCAGGCCUCCUGUGCUCCCGCCCCCAGCGCCCCCGACGGCUGCCUGCAGGACCAAGCCCCCCGCUGCCUGCGCGCCUUCGCGGGCCUCGUAGGCACCGCCAUCACCCCCAACUACGUGGACAACGCGAGUGCGCGCGUGGCGCCCUGGUGCGACUGCGGAGCCAGCGGAAACCGGCGUGAGGAGUGCGAAGCCUUCCGGGGGCUCUUCACCAGGAACCGCUGCUUGGAUGGUGCCAUACAGGCCUUUGAUGGUGGGUGGCCAGUAAUCCUGCAGGACCAGCUAGAUGUCCACCAGGACCCCGAGAAUAGCCUCCUGCAAGUGUCCUCCACAGAUGGGCUCCUGGUUGGGAGCUCCCUGCUCCCCAUGCUCCCUGUCCUGGCUCUCCAGCCCCUGCUCUGACUAGGACAGCAGACCUUGGACAACAUCACUGUCCCAUCCUGCCUGGGGUACAGGGCCACAUCUGCACCCUAUUGCCCCACUGAAGUUGGACUGGUGUGCCUCCCAAGCUAGCCCCAGUGCUCUCAGCCCACUGCCCUUUUUAGGUCUGCACACCCUGUGUGCCUGUCCCCUAGAGUGAGGGAUGUGGGUUGAGGGUCUGAUGCAAAGCCCCUGGUUUCCCUUUUUGUGGGUUUCUUGGUUAUAGGUCCCUUUCUCCACUGACUUUGGAACAGUUGGGUUCUCCCACAAGAUAGGGAUGGGGGGGGGUCACCUGUGUUGCUGAGGCCUCACUGGGACUCCAGAUCACCUAGAGGUCAGAAACCAUCCAGAUUCCCAGAAUUCUAAGAGAUUUCAUUAGCUUCUUCAAACAUAACGUGCCCUAAGGAGUACAUCUGAACAGACGUUUAGGCAAAACUUUUAACACUGCAGCCUUUCAUGGCACUGUCCUAGUGAGGCACCCCCCCAUCACGAUAGCCACCUAUGCCGCAUGACUUAUGUUGGCAAAGUUCUUCCCAUCCAUGAUAUGCUGCUUGGUGGGCACCACCUGGAGUGAGAAUCCAGCCCCCUGCAUUGCACUGGUUGUAUAGCCAUCUUCCCCAUGGCUUAAUCUAGCACUAUAAAUGACAUCCAAAGCUCAAUAAACCACAUGCACUGAGA